AUGGCGUCAGCGCGCGGUCCACGCUGGCAGCAGUUCUUGCAAGAGCUGGUAAUGGUUGCGGGCACAUCUGCCUCCGCAUAUUUCCUCAUCCGCUAUCUCCUAUCUCGCCUCGACUUUGACCCUGAGAGCCAAAAGAAGGAAGAACAAAAAAGCAAAUCGGCCGCAAUCCUACGAAAACUCGACGGGGGCGAUGGUUCUGAAGAUGCUACAUCAGGCAAAGGAGGGAGGCAAUCCCGGCCGAAACGAGGAGACCUUGUCCUCAACCAGUAUGAACAGGCGAUUGCAAUGGACGUUGUUGCUCCCGACGACAUCCAUGUCUCAUUCGAGGAUAUCGGUGGCUUGGACGACAUCAUUGAAGAGCUUAAGGAGUCUGUGAUCUAUCCUCUGACGAUGCCCCACCUCUAUUCAUCCACAUCAUCACUUCUUACAGCACCCUCUGGGGUCUUGCUAUAUGGCCCGCCCGGUUGCGGCAAAACUAUGCUUGCAAAAGCGCUUGCUCACGAGAGUGGCGCUUGCUUCAUCAACCUUCACAUAUCGACUUUGACGGAGAAGUGGUACGGUGAUUCAAAUAAGCUGGUCAAUGCCGUAUUCUCCUUGGCCAGGAAGCUCCAACCCUCGAUUGUCUUCAUUGAUGAGAUAGACGCAGUGCUUGGGACCAGGCGGAGUGGCGAACACGAGGCCAGCGGUAUGGUCAAAGCGGAGUUCAUGACACAUUGGGACGGAUUGACGUCGGCAAACUCUCUCGGUGAGCCCCAACGAGUUGUCGUCUUGGGAGCCACGAAUCGGCUGCCAGACAUCGAUGAGGCCAUCCUCCGGCGCAUGCCCAAGAAGUUCCCCGUUACUCUACCAUCUUCAACCCAACGGCUUCGAAUCCUGGGUCUUGUACUCAAAGACACAAAGAUUGAUCGUCAAAACUUCGAUCCGCAUUACCUGGUCAAGGUGAUGGCGGGAAUGUCUGGCAGCGAUAUCAAGGAAGCUUGCCGCGAUGCUGCCAUGGUUCCAGUCCGAGAAUUGAUCCGACUUAAGACAGCGCGGGGCGCUGCAAUCAGUGCAGUUGACCCGGAUGAGGUCCGUGGCCUUCGUACAGAGGACUUCUUUUCUCGUGCCGGUGGUGUUCGCGUUCUUGAACCUCCCACACAGCGCCGAGCAAAUGCAAGCAAAACCGAAUCUGAAAAGGAGUGGAGUACAGAAGACGAAGCGGCUCCUGAAGGCGACGCGAAUGCGUCCAGCAAAAUGACAGAGCCACCCAUAUGA